AUGACAGUGGAAGUAACCGGAAAUCAAGCAUCAAAGCUGAAAACUAAUUUAUCAUUGUAUUGUGUUUAUUUUUUUACAUGCCUGGAAGAUCGAACAUGGGCAUUUUGUGUUUCGAUUUGUAUGAAUAUCAUGGGCGGUAUGAGGAUGGUCUCUUUUGAACAGUUUUUUGAAGGAAUCCUGCAAAUGUUUUUUAGUGUCCACCUGGGAAAAUAUUUUGACAGAUUGACCAGAAAAAGAGCCAUUAUGACCGUUGUGCCGUUGAACAACCUGAGUAUUUGCGCCGCUUCUGCUCUUGUUAUCACAUGUUUGUUUACCGAUUCAACAUCAUCCUGGUACCAAAUCUAUCUCCUAAUUGCCAUGUUCCUAUGCGCCAUCAAUCAGUUGUUCCAGAGUGCCGAGAAAACAAUAAUUGGAAAAGAUUGGGUGAUGGUGUUGGGUGGUGAGAAGGAUUUGUCAAAAUUAAAUGCAACUUUGUUGACUCUGGAUCAGUUCACAAAUGUUAUAGGACCUCUUAUCAUGGGGAUUCUUGUCUCAUGGGUCGGUCUAAGUGGGAUGCUUGGAAUAUUUGGAGUUUCUUCUCUGGUGGCAUUGAUUCUCAAAGCAUUAUUUCUUAAAUCCCUGUACAUUUCUAACCCAUCGCUCCACGUGAAAAAGGACCUGGGACCCAAAACCAUUAAUGCCCAUCUUAACAAAUCCGUUUUACAAACUUACUGGCUCCAGGACUCAUUUCCAGCUGCCUUUGGAAUGUCUCUGCUUUAUAUGACUGUAAUGGGUUUCGGAGGCUUAGCAGUUGGUUAUGGAUCCAGUUCAGGUCUUCCUGGUUACAUUAUAGGUGGAUUCAGGUCAUUCGGUUCUAUCGCAGCAAUUCUCGGCUCACUCUCUUACGCGAUUUUUGAAAAACGUUAUGGUGUCAACACGGCCGGUCUCAUUGGGUUGAUAGUUCAACAGACUUGUGCUGUCCUGGCACUUGUCUCAGUGUUUCUUCCCGGAUCGCCCAUGAAUAUUAAUGGGUAUCUCAAAGAUUUUACUAUUGAAAACUGGUCGAGUUCAAUGACUCAUAGCUUUGAUAAGAAGAACAAAACCGGAUACGACCCACAUAUAGACUGGAGCAAUUUUACAUCUGAUGGUGUCUCCUUGACAAGGCUCUGGUGUCUGGACCUGGCGGCAACCCAUAUCAUGCAAAUCACCAUUCCAGAAAAUGAACGGAACACGGUGUUUGGAAUGCACAAUGCUCUCUGCCAAACAUUCUCCGUGUUCAAAGACAUUCUAGUUAUCGUUCUUCCAUUACCCGCCACAUUCGCUAUCUGUAUUUUUGUUUCAUACGGUUUUGUGACCACUGGUCAUUUAUGUUUUGUUUACUAUUUUGUGAAGUCAAAACAGAUAGAUAGUCUCAAGAAGAAAGCAUAG